AUGCUUGGAAACUCAAGAAUGCGACUUGUAGGUCCAUGUAGAUGGUUUUCCUCUGGCAGUAGGCAUUUCUGUAAAUUGUAUACAGAAAGAGGAGGAAUUGGGAAUAAUUGGACUCUUUUUAGAUACUCACCGAUGAUAUCAAAUUACUUUUUGUGUACAUCUUAUCGUAGUAUGGUUUACAAGACAGAUGCAGCAUCCUUUGAAAGUGAAGUAAUUCAAUCACAACAAGCGAUUUGUCUUGUAUAUUAUCGACCAGAUAGUAGUAGUUGUAACGCAUACCUAACGCAUGCAGAACGUCUUGUAAAUAGACUUAAUGAGGAGACAAAUCAAACGAAAAAUACAAAUGAAGAUAAUAAUAAUAAUAAUAGUAGUAACAGCAAUGAGUCUAGUACAAGGAAAUUAUGGUUAAAGCUUUGUACUAUAAAUGCGGAUGAAAAUAGAAAUCUUGCCUCUGCCUUCUCCGUUGAGCGGGCAAAACUUCCAGUAACGUAUUUUAUUAUGCAAGGUACUAUUAUUGAUAAAGUUACUGGUCAUAUAAUAGAAUCUCGAUUAGAAGGUAUUUUACGUAAAUUUCUUGAACAUUAUCAAAAACAAAUGAAUGUAGAUCUUAUAAGUGGAGGUGGAUCAUCAAAUCAACAAAAUCCAUUACCAGCCGCAGCCACUACAGAUCUUUUACAUGGAGCCUCUACACAAUAUUUACAAAAUAGAAUUAUGGAUUCCCUUGUUGGGCCUGAACGUAUUCGUCUCCCAGAAGAAAGUGAACAACUUGAUGGACUACGAAAAACAAUUCAACAAGCAAAGAAAAAGGCUUAUGAUGAGUUGCAAGAUCUUCGAAGAGAACUUGGUAUGGAUGUUCGUCGAUUAAGUGAAAUGGAUAUGACCAAACGUUAUUAUCAUUCUUCUCAAUUUACUGCACUUGCAGUCCUUUCCGCUUUAGAAGCUCUCUUCUUAGCUCGUGUACACGCUACUAUUGGAGAUAUUGCUGCAGAAAAUGUUGUUUUUGCUUUAAAUGCCAUUCAACGGGAUUUUUCCCCUAUUCUUGGUGAUCCCUCUGUGCGGAGACUCAUCUCUCUCUGUGAAGUCCUUCUCGUACGAGCAGAGAUUCUCCUACAAGAACGAAAAUUACAAUCAUUGGGGGAAAAUGAAAAUGUAGAGAAGUACUUUUCACGUAUGCAAUAUUGGAUAGAUGAAUUGGUGGAUGCCCGUGUAGUGCCGGAACGAUUUCCGAGUGAAGAUGUGGAAGAAAUGUUCCGUUUACUGAAAUCCAAUCUCGCUGAGGUGAGAGGACGAUCUUCACAAGAGGAAGUAGUGAAUGAGAGUACCAAUCGUGUACGGCAAGUGAAGACGUGUUUGCUGGGUGUACUGCAGUUAUACCAUAAUGAUCCAAAGAGUCAAGAAGCUCGAUCACGUCUAUCCUCUCUUUUGUAUUGA